CUCUAAGACAGUUCAUAGAGAGCUGGCUUUUAGUGGAAAAAUGGAUUAGAUUUAUCUCAACCAAUUAAUGCAAGUGGGAAGUGAGAUAUGAAAGAGAAAGUGGGGCGGACUGACUGAUACAUCCCCUUGAGGAGAACACUUGACAAGCACUCUCUUAUCACAACGGAUAGCUGCAGUGAGUUUCAGGACUUUCGAGAAGAUUUACAAAUUUAUUGGCUGCACUUAAGAUGGGGGAGCCUUACAUCAGCCAUAUCGAGGUGCUGGGAUUUGAGAAAAGGUUUGUCCCUAACCAGCAUUACGUUUAUAUGCUAAUGGUGAAAUGGAGUAACUCGAAAGAAAAGCUCAUCUACAGAAAAUUCUCCGAAAUCUAUGACUUCCAUAAAGUGCUGAAGGAAAUGUUUCCUAUUGAAGCUGGGGAAAUAGAUUCCAAAUGCAGAACUCUCCCACAUUUACCAGCUCCCAGGUGGUUGGAGGGUCACAAGGCCACUGAGAACAGACAGAGUACUCUUUCUGACUACAUCCAGUCCUUGGUCAACCAACCCCCAAAGAUCUCCCGCUGCCAGUGGGUUCUGAAUUUCUUUCAGGUUCGCUCUGAUGAUGUGGUCCUGCCGGUUCCCCACCCGACAAAAAAGACAGAAACCUAUUUGUUGCCAAAAGACAAAACAAAAAUGAACUCAACUGAAAUCACAGGUCCAAUUUUACUCCAAUCAUAUCGUUCAAUCGCAAAUUACAAGAAGAAUUCCAAAUAUGAGAUGAGCAUUCAGACAGGGGAUAUCGUCGAGAUUGUGGAGAAAAAUGAAAAUGGUUGGUGGUUUUGCGAAAUGGAAGGUAAGCGUGGCUGGCUGCCAGCCUCCUACCUCGAGCCCCUUGAAAGCCCAGAUGAGAGUGAGGAGCAAGAACCUAAUUAUGAAGGGGAGCCGUAUAAAGUAAUUAGAAGCUAUACUGCAAUUCAGGAGGAUGAGAUGACCCUGUAUGAAGACGAGCUGGUUGAUGUCAUUCAUAAAUUGCUUGAUGGGUGGUGGGUAAUAAGGAAAGGAGAUACUACCGGAUACUAUCCCUCCAUGUACCUCCAGAAAUCAGGAGCAACUGAGAAGACAGGAUUCAGCACAAACAGAAGGAACCUCCCUCCACCAAGAAGAUCAACCAUCCGGAAUGCACAGAGCAUCCACAAGGCAGAACGAAAGCAGAUUAGCCAAGAGGCCUACAGGCGGAAUAGUAAACGGUAUCUCCAGCAGAAGAACCGGAGUCCAGUAGUUUCCAAUAAGAACGUGUGGAAACAGAAUGAGGAUCCAAGGAUUUCAAACGAACACCUGAACUCAGGUCUCUUGACUGUUCCAGGUGCCAGGAACCAAGAGAAGGGUAGUCUGGGGAAGAUGAUUCCAGUGAUUCCCCCAAGGCCCACACUCAGCGAGAUCAUGGAACACUGCACCGAACAAACCAAGAGUAAAAUAAAAUGAGAGCAGUCCCUGAGAGGGAAACACGGAAAAUAUCAGCUCUAUCCAGCAGGAGUGAUGAGGGAUCCUCACCCAUUCUAUUCCCCUGCCUCUGGGCUCAUAGAUACCACAUCAAAUUAUAUAGAACCUACGGCAAAGAAACAGCUUCUCCAUGUUGAUAUUUAUAUUCUGCAUGAGUCUCCUCUCACUCUCUUCAUCCCACCCCAUUGACAUAUCUCUUAAUCCAAUCUCCUUCUCUCUAUCUGUCUCAGGGAACAGCUCAACUUGCGAUCUAUCAGACUCUAUUCAGUUAGUAUCUAAGCUAGUUGUUCUGGCCUAACAUUGUCUGAACUUCAUCAACAACUAUUUUGAUCAUUUAAAUCUCAAUGCUAACGUUAACCUGUGCAUCGAAUAUGACUGUACUCCUGGUCUGUCUUCCUGCUACAAAGACCAUGUCCAUUAGAUUGUCAAAUCUUGUCUCAUCUGUUAUCAAAAGAUUAUUGUAAAGUUUGCUUAAGGAGUUAACAUAAGGAUGUAAGAAUUAGGAGCAGGAGUAAACCACAUGGCCUGUCGAGCCUGCUCCACUAUUCAAUAUGAUCAUGGCUGAUCUCCUGCCUCACAGUCCCCAUAACCGCUCAAUUCCCUGAUAGAUCAAAAAAUCUGUCUAUCCCAGCCUUAAACGAUGGAGCAAAGAUGAAGCAUUCACAACCCUCGGGGGUAGACAAUGCCAAAGGAUCACAAUCCUGUGAGUGAAGAGCUUUCUCCUCAUCUCAGUCUUAAAUAAUGAACCCUGUAUCCUGAGACAGUGCCCCUGUGUUCUAGAUUCCCCAGCCAGGUGAAACAGCCUUUCAGUAUCUACCCUGUGAAGCCCCUUCAGAAUUGUACAUGUUUCACUGAGAUCAUGUCUCAUUCUUCUAAACUCCAGAGAACAUAGACUCAGUUUACUCAGCCCCUCAUCAUAGGACUAUCUUCUCAUCCCAGGGACCAAUUUAGCACUGAUAUUAAUUCCCUUACAUUCCUUAGUCUUGUUAGCCCCUUGGUUAUCAUCUAUUUCUGGUGUGUAACUUGUGUCUUCUGCCACGAAGACUGUUACUGGGGUGUUAGAUCCACAAAAAUGAUUAUGUUGCUCCAUGAAGUUUGACAUUAUGAAUUAACUAAUAAAAAGCAAUGUUUGUAGUGAA